AUCGAGUGCAACCCCGCGACCUGCCCCAUGGGCGACAAGUGCCAGAACCGGUGCUUCGCGGCCAAGCUCGGCAGCAAGGUCUCCGUCGAGAAGGCGGACCAGUGCGGCUGGGGCCUCUUCGCCGGCGAGCCCAUCGCCAAGCGCGCGUUCGUCGUCGAGGCGCUCGGCGAGCUCAUCAGCGAGGAGGAGGCCCAGGAGCGCCUCGCGACGGCGCGCGCCAACGGCGACGAGGACUACUACAUGCUCGCGGCGUCGGACGCCGCGACCAAGGGCCUCGUCAUCGACGCGACGCGCAAGGGCAACGAGGCGCGCUUCGCGAACCACAGCUGCGACCCGAGCUGCCGCCUCGAGAAGUGGCGCUGCGGGAGCCAGGACCGCUACGGCAUCUUCGCCCUGCGGUCCGUCAAGCCGGGCGAGCAGCUCACGUACGACUACCGCUGGGCGAGCUUCGAGCGGUGCUACUGCGGCGCGGCCAACUGC